ACAGAAAUGAAAACUCUCACGACAGUUUUCUGAUAUAUUCUUUCACAAAAUCUGCAGAUUAGUCGUAACUGAAUUGUAUAUCGUAGAUAAUAACAGGUUAUUGAUUAUUAUAGUUUAAUUUUCUGUCGUUAACUAUCAUUUUUUAAAUAUGUCAAAACACUCUUAAUGAACAUUUUAGUAAUUAUUAGGGUAUUAGCUUGGACUAGCUUAGGCACUUUUCAUUCGCCAAACAUUGAUAUUUCAUCUUAUCAGUGCCUAUCUCUAAUUUAAGGUUUAGGUUCAAGAGGAGUGAAUGUUUGUCCAAUGGACGAAAUUGAUCCUUUAGGAGUAGAAAGCGAUGAAGAAAAGAGAACUCCAACACCAACAAUACCAGACGGUGGGUGGGAGAAUGAAGCAUUAGCUCAAGUCAGGGUCAGAUCUCUACGCGGUCACACGCAGACUGUAACUACUUGUCAGUUUUUUGACAAGGAUGAACGGAUAAUUUCGUCUUCUUGGGAUGGAACUGUUGGUAUAUGGUCAACUGAAACGGGAAAUAAUAUUUGUUGGAUAAGAUGCCAUUCAAAUAGAUGCUCCGGUGCAAGAAUAUCAUCUGAUGCAAUCAUUAAGGAUAUAUUCUCUUGUUUGACUUUAGAUGGCCAGAAGUUUGUAUCAGGAGGAUGGGAUAAAAGAGUUAAACUAAUUGACGUUGAAAGCUCAGCUAUUUUAUGGGAGAAAGCUAAUAGAGGUGUUGUAACUGCCUGUGAUUAUUCAUCAGACGAUAAAACAAUCGUUUCUGUGUCGGAUAUCAGUCAUUUAGUUUCAUUGUGGGAUGAAAGAUCAGGAGAUUUAAUAAAGGAAAUAGGAGACCUGCAUAAUACAACUGUAACUUCAGUCACUUUUAGUCCAAUGAGUGAUAGAAUAGCAACAACUAGUAUGGAUAAAACAUGCAAAUUAUAUGAUUUAAGAACAUUUAAAAAAACUGUCACGCUAGAAGGUCAUAGUAAUAUAGUUUCAUGCGCAUCCUUUUCACAAGAUGAACGUCAUUUGGCAACUUCCAGUUGGGAUAAAAAUGUUUGCGUUUGGGAUGUCUCCACCGGUCAGUAUAGGUUACAGGGACCCGAAAAGAUAGAGAAGGCUCACCAAGGUUCUGUAAGUUGUUGUAAAUUUUCUGAUGAUGGACUUUUAUUAGUUACCGGAGGGUAUGAUUCGGGAGUUUGCGUAUGGGAUACGGAAGGUGAGCAAAUCUUACAAAGUUUAAGAUUGCAAGGUCACGGAGAUUGGGUAGAAUGUAUAGAUAUUUCUUCUGAUAAAGACUUCCUAAUAUCCGGUAGUAAGGACUGCACAAUAAGAUUAUGGAAUGUUGAAGACUCAGAUUCAAUACCGAUUGUCUUAGAAUCAAAGAAGGCAAUUGUCGGAAAGAUGCUCCAGUGUUCGCGUUGCGGCAAACCAUUCUCUAUAGCCCAGGUUCAGUCAAAGAGCGAAGUUGACAUUUGCGUUUUCUGUAGAUUACAAGAAUAG